AUGGCGCCAUCGUUGAUGAUUCUCGAGACACAGACGCCGUGGUGUCACCCGCUCUUAUACAAGGAUGGGCUGCCCAAGUCCAUGCAAGGUCAGUCUCACUACAAAAACACAACCUCCCUACCAUGGGCACCAUACGAUUUCAAGCAAUAUUCACAAAGCCAGAAAAGACUCACACGCCUCAUGUGCCCUCUACCUGGCCAAAACACGCGCCAAUGCAGCCGUCAUCUUCCGCGCCAUCGACCUCCGCGUCAGAGACCUCAUCUGCUCCCCGGCGCCCACCACCGUCAUCGAAAUCUCGCCCACACCCAUUCCCUCGUCCUCUACCAGGCUAUCCGCCUCUUUGACGGGGACAUCCAGGCGCGGGCCUCUGCGGAGCGCAUCAUCCCCGAGGUCGAGGAAUCGGCCAUGCGGCUCCUCGCCCAUGUGCGCUUCGACCUUGAGUUCCCUGCCGGGGAACUGCCCCUGUACCCUCUGGCUCCCACCAAGAAUUUCUGGGCUGAUUGGAUAUUGCAAGAGUCGGCGAGGCGGACAGUCUUGUUUUGCUUCUUCUUCCUGCAGGCGUAUAGGUUGGUGGCCGGGCAAAAGGGUCUAGAGUGCGACGGGAGGCUGGGACUCUGUCUCUCGUGGACCUUGUCGGCGCAUUUGUGGAACGCGGGGACUCCGGUGCAGUUUGCGAGGGCGUGGAGGGAUAAGAGGCAUUUUGUGGUGACGGACGCGCAGUUUGGCGAGGUGCUGAGCGAGGCCGAGGCCGGUGAUGUUGAUCGGUUUGGGAGGAUGUGGAUUUCGAGUCUGCUAGGGACGGAGGGAGGCGGAGGGGUGGUUUGCUAG